AUGGAAAUAGCGAUGAUUGUGGCUGCGGUCAUCUUACUCAACCUAAUUCUCGGCUGCAAAAAUAAGAGCACUAAGGUCUCAAAAUCAACACCUUCACCAAUGUCAAAAGGAAAGAAGUCACCGCAGACGGCGAAGCUGAAAUCGAUAAGGACUGGUGAAGAGGAAACGCAAAUAGCAACCGAGAAAAAAGAACAAACUACGGCUUUGGCAACCGAAGAAACUCAGAUAAAGCAGUCCUUAGAGGAUCUGGCAUGUGAGACGCUGCAUAUUCGGCAAGUUAUGACCGAUUCUAAGUAUCGAGCUCUUGCCAAAGAGUUCUGGCGUAUUGCCAACUAUUCGGCUUUCACCAUCAUCGACACGGUGAUGGAAUUACGUACAAUUGCCACACUAGCAACUGAAGCUUGGGGGCUUCAGUGA